AUGGCGACAACGGCGGCGUUCCCGGCGAACGCGACGGCGACGAACGUCAGCAGCGCCCCCUACCCGUUCGCCGACGACGACCAAGCGAUCCCGCCGGCGAUGCAAGCCGUCAUGGUGUUGAUGUACACAGCCAUCUGCGUGCUCGCUAGCGGAGGGAAUGCCAUCGUCUGCUAUAUCGUGAUCGGCUACCAGCGCAUGCGCACGACGACCAACUACUUCAUUGUCAACCUCGCCGUCGGCGACAUCCUCAUGGCGUUGCUCUGCAUCCCUUUCGACUUCGUCGCUAAUCAGCUGCUGGACUACUGGCCGUUCGGCGACGCGCUUUGCCCGGUGGUCGGCUACGUACAAGCCGUCUCCGUCUUCCUCAGCGCUUACACGAUGGUGGCCAUCAGCCUGGACCGCUUCCACGCGAUCGUGUACCCGCUCCGGCCGCGCCUGACCGGCGGUCAAGCGAAAGCCAUCAUCGGCAUCGUCUGGUUGGUCUCGCUGGCCGUGCCCGUGCCGAUAGCCGUCACCUCGACGGUGGUAACGUACGUGCGACGCGACGGCGCGCGAGGCGACCACUGCGAGGAAGAUUGGUUGCCGCCAAAGGCGCAGAACGCCUACAGCUGGUCGCUAAUGACGCUGCAGUACCUCGCGCCGUUGCUAGCGCUCAGCGUGACCUACUCGGUCAUCUGCUAUCACCUGUGGGGAAAGCGACCGCCGGGAGAAGCGGAGGACUCGAGGGACCAGCGGCUGGAGCGCUCCAAGCGAAAGGUCAUCAAGAUGAUGAUCGCAGUCGUCGUUAUGUUCGCGCUACUGUGGCUCCCUCUGAACACCUUCAUGGUCUUUGCUGACAUGGUGGCCGGCUGGGCGUACGUGCGCCACCUGUGGUUCGUCUUUCACUGGCUGGCGAUGAGUCACGCAUGCGUAAACCCUUUCAUCUACUCCUACAUGAACUCCAAGUUCCGCAACGGCUUCCGGCACGUGUUCCGCUUCCUGCCGUGCUGCCGCCUGCCGGCGACGCCCGGAAGCAUCGAGAUGUAUGAGAAUGGCGGCAGCACGGUGCGGCACACGUCCGUGUCGCUCUACCCGCAGACAAACAAGCCGCGGGUGACGGCAGCGCGCCCUGUCGGCCGGGAGUGUUCCUCGUGCUUGGCGCGCAGCAGCAACAGCCUGGCGACCGACUGGAGGAAGAAGGGGGCGCCACCGCUGCCGCACGUCUGCAACCACUGCGCGUCGGCGUCGGCAACGACGCACUUGCUGAAGGAGCAGCCGGACGCGAGAGGGCGCCACGCUCUGCUGUCGGCGGUGUAG